ACACGGUUGCGGCUAAAAGAGGAAGCUAACUAGUUACUUCAGACUUUAUAAGAAUCCCAUUUAAAGAUGUCGGGGCGCUCGGUUCGCGCGGAGACAAGAAGCCGGGCUAAAGAUGACAUUAAGAAGGUGAUGGCGGCGAUAGAGCGAGUCCGGAGAUGGGAGAAGAAGUGGGUGACUGUUGGAGACACGUCCCUGAGGAUCUUCAAGUGGGUUCCUGUAGUGGACACCAAGGAGAAGGAGAAGAGUAAAGUUCCAGCUGCCGAGGUUCAGAUAAACACUUUCUCUUCAGAGGAUACCACUGAUAACUCCUGCACUGCUCUGCUAGACUACCAAGAUGAGAACAGCAGCCACAGCUCUCUCUCAGACUCGUUCCAGAGUAAAGUGAUCCCCGCCGACAGCAGCACCAACUCCAGUCCACAGCGCAGUGAGCCCGUCAGCCCCGCCACACACACUCACACUCACACACUAUCACACACCCACGAGUACCGCCCCGACGAACCACCGCCACCCACACUCGGACAGGAGUGUUUGGAGGAGACGUCGCUGCAGAGUGAGAUGGCUGAUGAACCACCGACGCUGAUUAAAGAAGAUAUUUUACCUGUUACAGCUCAGGAAGAAGAAGAGGAAGACUCUGGAGCUCCGCCUAUUAAAAGAGUGUGUACUGAGCAGACGUCUGUUCUCCAGUCUAUUCUGACCAGUUAACACACACACUUUAAAAUAUGCACGCACACACACACACACACACACACACACACACACACCAGUAAUCAUUCCUGCACUGGGAGCGAAGCAGGUGUGCUGCGUUUGUGCCCUCUGUACCAGGGGUGAAGCUCAGCCGAUGAACUGCUGCAAGGCAUUCUGGGUAACAUACUGUAGCACCAGGUAGAGAAUUUAGAGGCAUUUGUUGUCAUUUAUUAUUAUCAGAUACAGAAUAUAGUUUAAACAUUUAAGUCUGAGACGUUUUGUCCGGCUGCACUCGGCUGAGACCUCAGACCAGACGAUCGGCUCGGGGCGUCUAAACACUGAGAAUAAAUAUAUAAAUAAAUGAAGCGGCAGUUCAUCGACGAUUCCUCCAUAACUGGUACAGAUCACCGGUUUCAAGAUUAUUCAAGAUUAUUUUUAUAAAAUUACCUGUUGGUUCACAUGAUCAGAGUCUGUUACAGUAAAUUAUACACACACACACACACACACACACA